UGCAGUACAGAUCUGCUGAGAAGCACCAGAGCACAGCUCCUCCACAGACCACAGCCGCAGGGCUCCCACUGCAGCGCAGAGGAAAACCUCACACGGAAACAUACACUGGAGAAGACAGAAGACGAAGAGGAGGAGAGAGAAGAGUGGAGAAUACAGAGAGAAGAAGCGGACAGGGUUCUCUGCUUUUUCUUGGAAGAACAGAACUUCCAGGGCACACGGAUCCCUCCACGUUCUACUUUUGGAGUCAGUUAAAUAAUUUAACUUCUGCCUCGUUUUGGUGCGUGGAACACAUCUUUGCUUUUCCAAAAGUUUCACAUUCAGAUAUAUUGGAGGAAACUGUUUUUGUCUGGUGAAGCCUCUCUUCAACCCAGUCUGACCCCCCAUCUCAACCUCAACCUCAGGAUGGCUGGCUGUACCAGCCGCUGCAGACAGGGGGUGCUCAAACUAAUCCAGUCCCUGCAGAGAUUGGUCUCAGGAGGCCUCACAAAAGAUAAAACAGAUGAAGAGCUUGAGAUGACGACGGUGUGUCAUAGGCCCGAGGGUCUUGACCAGUUGGAGGCCCAAACUAACUUCAGCAAACAGGAGCUGCAGAUCCUCUAUCGUGGUUUCAAGAAUGAAUGUCCAAGUGGUGUUGUAGAUGAAGAGACAUUUAAACACAUUUACGCACAGUUCUUCCCUCAUGGAGAUGCAAGCAUGUAUGCACAUUAUCUUUUUAAUGCAUUUGACACUACAAACAAUGGCUCCAUUAAGUUUAAGGACUUUGUAAUGGGUUUGUCUAUUCUGCUGCGGGGGACACUGAGAGAAAAGCUUGAGUGGACGUUCCACCUUUAUGACAUUAACAGAGAUGGCUACAUAAACAGAGAGGAAAUGACAGAGAUUGUGAGGGCCAUCUAUGACAUGAUGGGCAAGUUCACCUACCCUGCACUAAAGGGAGACGUCCCGCAGCAGCAUGUGGACGCCUUUUUCCAGAAAAUGGAUAAAAACAAAGAUGGAGUGGUGACUUUAGAGGAGUUUAUUAUAGCCUGCCAGGAGGAUGAAACCAUGAUGAGUUCUAUGCAGCUGUUUGAAAACGUGAUAUAGGACAAGAGGCGAUGAAGGAGAUGAAGACG